UACGCUGCUCCAGAGGUUUCCAAGUAUGCGCUCAGGAAUUCUUCUUCAGACAUUUGGUCAUUGGGGUGCGUCUUCUUGGAAAUGUGGACGUCUCUUUUCAGUGUCCCCGUCGCUUCUUUACAUGAUCAUCUCGAAAAGAAUGGCACCCAGUCGGCCUGUUAUCAUCUGAAUAUGUCCGUCAUGGACUCCUGGUUUAUAUCCCUUCAACUUUUGACUAUACUACCAAUGGGCCGGUAG